AUGCCACCUCCUCCGAUCCUUGACUUUUCUGUAUUCUACGGCGAUGAUCAAGCUGCGAAACAGCAACUAGUCGACCAAAUUCGACAAUGCUGUCUGUACAACGGCUUCUUCCAGAUAACUGGACAUCGAAUCCCGUGGGAGCUACAAGAGAAAAUGCUGCAACUCUCGAAAGAAUUCUUUGAACUACCUCUGGAGGAGAAGGAAAAAGUCAAUAAGAAUAAUAACACGUGGAAUCGAGGAUACGAACUCCUACGAUCUCAGAUCCUCGAGGAGGGGACGCAUCCAGAGUUGAAAGAGGGAUUCUACAUCGGGGACGAGAUCUCCACCGAUCAUCCAUACUUCCUUCAGAAGAAAUUGAACAGUGGACCAAAUCAGUGGCCGCAAAGCGUCAGGGAUCCAGAGGAUUUCAAGAAUACUGCGAUUGCUUAUUAUCGCGCGGCGUUUGAACUCGCCAAGGACAUCCUGCGCAUACUCGCAUUUACGUUAGAUCAAGAUGAGAGCUUCUUUGGUGGUUUUACAGAUGGGGCGGUUGCUACGAUGAGACUGCUACAUUAUCCACCACAGCCGAAGGAUUCGGACGAGAAGCUCAGCCGCGGCAUUGGGGCGCAUCAGGAUUUUGGGGCCGUAACUCUGCUUCUGCAGGGAGACGUCGAUGGAUUGCAGGUGUUGGAUGUGCCAACUGGGGAAUGGUUUGAUGUCGAACCUGUCAAAGGCGCCUACGUCGUGAACCUGGGAAAUCUCUUCAUGAAAUGGUCCAACGAUAAGUAUAGAUCGAAUAUCCAUCGAGUCAUCAACAAGUCCGGCCAGGAACGUUAUUCGAUCCCAUACUUCUUCAGCGGUAACCCUGACUUUGUAUGCGACUGUCUCCCCAACUGUGUAGCAGAAGGCGAAAAGUCCAAGUAUCCGCCUAGGACGGUCAGUGAUUUCAUCAAUGAGGGUUACCAGGUCAGCUACGGCCGAGCAGAGAAAUUCAAGAGAGAAAUGGAGAAGAAAGAAGCCGAGGGUCUCAGUUUGACUGCGCCGGCCGUUGCGGCGGAGGCGUAG